AGCCGGGGUGUGUCUUGUUGCCAUGGAGACGCGUCACCACAGCGUGAUUGCAGAGGGAACGGACAACUAGCUAAACUUCUGAGUAGCAACGUUAGCAUCCAACCGUCUACGAACCUUUUGCCGCCUUUCUCCGACAUGACGGAAAGUUUAUACACUGUUAACAUGGAGACAUAAAGCCGCUUAUCUUCAGCACUGAAGGUCACAACAGCUGUCGGUACUCGCUGCUCAGCCACACGGAGCCGUCCAGGUGUCUUGUGUCCAGGAUUAGCCUCCACCUCAUCAGGGAGACACGGACCUGCCCGUCCGCACCGACAUCAUGCCGGAAGACAAAAACUGUAAACUGCCCCAGCCUCCCAGGAGCAGUGACAAGAAGAAGAAGGGGAAGAAAAGAAAGAAAAGGAAGAAACCCUCUGCUUCCACCUCUCCCCCAGGAAACACAGAUAAUCCUCAGGCUGCUUCUCUGCCUCCUGAAACCCCUCUGGUGUCCCUGCUGGCCCCACAGAUUCCGGGUCGGUCUCCAGGCCGGCUGUCCAAGCUCAGAUCCGCCAGUAAGAAGGACGGUGAGCGGCGUGCUGGCAGCGGCCGGAGGAGCACAAAACACCUCAAGGAGUCACCGACCCCGCUGACAGUGACCAACAAAACCAGGGGUGGUGGUGAUGGUGGAGUUACAGUGCAGGGGUACGUGGCAGAGCUCAGCACCCAGGCCAGGGACAGUCUGAGGUGGGAGGGAGCGCUGGAGGACCCCCAGGCUGAGGAGGAGAGGAUGGAGCUGUACAGGGCCAACAGGCGGCAGCGUUACAUCUCACACAGAGAGGCUCUGUUCAAAGAGAGCCAGUGUGCACUGAGACAGACUUUUCCUAAAGAGAGCAAAUAGAAAAGGCGCUUUGAUUGGAUCUGACCAACAGGAGCAAAUGAGCGCCUUAUGCCGUUAGACAUCUAAGGCUUUAUUUGUUCACAGAUUAAAACAGAUAGAGGCACAGAAUAAAGAUCGCUGGACCGAGGA